CCAUUUUCACACCGAGCGGGGGAGGGGGGAGAGGUGGAGGCGGGGCGUGUGUCUCUUAAAUGCGGGCAUCCGGACCCGGCUGGAUUCCGUGCGUUUCCGGGCUCUGAGUUGCGGGUGCACUCCCGCCUCUUUGCUCAGUGCAUGUGAGCCCGGACUCCCCCUGCUCUCGUGUGGUCGCGGCGAGCCCCGCCCGGGUGCCGAGCCAGCCUCGCUCCGCGGCGUCCACACUCGCCGGCCUCGGAACACCCGCUGCAGGGAGGCUGCGGCGCGGGGAGCCUGGGAGCUGCCCGCAGCGCCGCGCAAAGUUUCCCACGAGCGGCCCCGGGCGUCCAGGUCCGCGGCCCGACCCCCCGGGAGGUGUGGCCGCGUCUUUCGGGGGCUCCUGCGACCCCUUGUGCUGACGCACAGCCACCUAGUGUCUCCAGACAACUUUCAAAAGCUGCUGCCAACGAGCUUUGCGCGGGCGGGGGUCGGCACAGACAACCGGGGGCUAAGCUGCAGACCUGCAACUUUGGGCGUAGAGCGGUGCCGCCACCUUCCCGGCUCUGCCCCGCGCGCUCCCCGCCGCCGCCGCCGCCGGUGAAUUGAAUUCCCCGCCCGCCUAGCCGCCUCCCGCUGCAGCCAGUGUCGCCCGUGCCGGGCGGGCUCAUCGCCUGGGAACCGCCGCCCCCCGCGCGCCCCGCGGGCGAUUCGGCCGCGAGCUGCGCCCCGGAUGCUGGAGGCCCGGCGCCCCCAGCCUGGGAGCCGCGGCGGCGAUGGGCGUCUGCAAAGUGUGGCUCGCGCUUGCCCUGGUGACCGCCGCGCUUGCAGCUUUGCCUCCUCGCGCUGAAGGUGCUUGUGUCUAUCAGGGCUCCAUGGUGCUGGAUGGCACAGUUUGGAAGCCAGAUUCAUGCCAGAACUGCCGUUGCCAUGGUGAUAUUGUUAUCUGCAAACCCUCUGUUUGCAGAAACCCACAGUGUGCCUUUGAGAAGGGAGAAGUGCUUCAAAUAGCCGCCAACCAGUGUUGUCCUGAGUGUGUGCUGAGGACUCCUGGAUCUUGCCAUCAUGAAGAGAAACUCCAUGCGCACGGGACAGAGUGGACUUCUCCCCCAUGCGGUGUGUGCUCUUGCACUCAAGGGCAAGUCCGCUGCGCCCCCCAGCCAUGCCCGCCACUAUCGUGUGGUCACCAGAAGCUGGAAUUUAUCCCCGAGGGAAGCUGCUGUCCCAUCUGUGUGGGCCCUGGGAAACCUUGUUCCUACGAAGGCCAGGUGUACCAGGAUGGGGAGGACUGGUCACUUAGUAGGUGUGCCAAGUGUGUGUGCAGAGAUGGGAUUGCCCAGUGCUUCACGGCUCAGUGCCGACCCCUGUUUUGUAAACAGGGUGAAACUGUGGUUCGAGUUCCUGGAAAGUGCUGCCCCCAGUGCUCCUCCCGCUCCUGCUCAGCAUCCGGCCAUGUGUACGAGCAUGGUGAGCAGUGGAGUGACAACGCCUGCACCACCUGCAUGUGUGACCAUGGAGAAGUCAGGUGCCAUAAGCAGGCCUGCCCACCACUGAGAUGUGCAAAGGGUCAGCGGAGGGCCCGAAAAGCUGGGGAGUGCUGUGAGCAAUGUGUGUCUUCUGUGGGAAGCUGCUCCCAUGAUGGCGUUAUAAGGCACCAGGAUGAAAUGUGGCAGGGCUCAGCCUGUGAGUUCUGCUUCUGUGACCGUGGCCAAGUCACCUGCCAGAUGGCAGAGUGUGCCAGAGUCCAGUGUGCCCAGAGGGAAGAGUUAAUCCAUUUAGAUGGGAAAUGCUGUCCCGAGUGCAUUUCAAGGAAGAACUCUUGUGUUUUUGAAGGAAAUACAGGACUUAUAUCUUCAAAUGUGAGUGAAGUUAAGCAUAUUCCGGAGGGGGAGAAGUGGGAAGAUGGCCCUUGCAAGGAGUGUGAGUGUCAGGGGGCUCAGGUGACCUGCUAUGAGCCUUCCUGCCCCCCAUGCCCAGUGGCCACACUAGCCCAAGUGGUGAAGGGACGGUGCUGUCCAGACUGCACAGCAGUUCACUGCCACCCAGACUGCUUGACCUGCUCUCAGUCUCCAGACCACUGCGACCUCUGUCGGGACCCCACCAGGCUGCUUCGGAAUGGACGCUGCGUGCAUAGCUGUGGCCUUGGAUUUUACCAAGCUGGUGCUUUCUGUUUAGCUUGCCAGCCUCAGUGCUCCACGUGCACCAACGCACAUGAGUGCUUCUCCUGCCAGCCCCCCCUACUGAUGUGGCAUGGGCAGUGUGUGGCCAGCUGUGGGGAGGGCUUCUACCAGGACCGCCAAACCUGUGCAGCCUGCCACCCGUCCUGUGCAGCCUGCUGGGGCCCCUCUGAGAAGCACUGCUUGGCCUGCAGAGACACACUCCAGGUGCUGAGAGAGGGCAGCUGCGAAGACAUCUGUGGCGAUGGGUUCUACAACAACCAGGGGACCUGCAGGGCUUGUGACCAAUCCUGUAAGAGCUGUGGCCCCAAUAGUCCCAGGUGUCUGACCUGUGCUGGGAAGACAGUGCUACAUGAUGGGAAAUGCAUUUCUGAGUGUCCUGGUGGGUACUACGCAGAUGUCACUGGUAGAUGCAAAGUUUGCCACAGCUCCUGUGCCAGCUGCUCCGGACCCCUGGCCUCCCAGUGCACAGCCUGCAACCAGCCACAUGCUCUGCGCCAAGGCCACUGUCUGCCCCACUGUGGAGAUGGCUUCUACCCCACUCACGGGCUCUGCAGAGCCUGUCAUCCCUCCUGCCUGGCCUGUGUGGGCCCAGAACCCUCUCACUGUACCCAGUGCAGGCAGCCAGAUGAAGGACUGCAAGUGAAUCAAGUGUCUGGGGUGGACAUCCCGUCUGGCAAGUGUCUCUCACAGUGUGGAGCCAGAUUCUACUUGGAAAAUACUGGGCAGUGUGAAGCUUGCCACCAGUCCUGCCUGGGGUGUGUCGGGAAGAGUGCCCAGCACUGCACAGCCUGCCCAUCUUCCCACGUACUGCUGGAUGGGCGCUGCCUCUCCCAGUGCCCGGAUGGAUACUUCAGCCAGGACAGCAGUUGUACAGAAUGUCACCCAACCUGCAGGCAGUGCCGUGGCCCCUUGGAAUCUGAUUGCAUCUCCUGUCACCCUCAUGUCACCCUUACUGAUGGGAGCUGCAGGACCAGCUGUAAGGAGGAGCAGUUCCUCAACUUCGUGGGGUACUGUGCUGACUGCCACCCUCUGUGCCAGCACUGCACUGCUGAUCUGCACCACACCGGGAGCAUCUGCCUGAGGUGCCAGAACAACCGGCACCUACUGCUGGGCGACCACUGCACCCCCACCUGCCCUUCUGGAUCCUACGCCGCCGAGGGUGGAGUUUGUAAAAAAUGUCACUCCUCCUGUAGAACCUGCCAGGGCAGUGGUCCCUUCUCCUGCUCCUCGUGUGGCUCUGAUCUUGUUCUGUCCCACCUUGGCACCUGCAGCACCACCUGCUUCCCUGGGCACUAUCUGGACGACAGCCGCACUUGUCAGCCAUGCAGCACGCACUGUGGGCGCUGUGACGCACAGGCCGGCUGUACCUCCUGCCGAGAUCCAAGCAAGGUCCUGCUCUUUGGGGAAUGUCAAUAUGAGAGCUGUGCCCCCCAGUACUACCUCGACUUCUCCACCAACACAUGCAAAGAGUGUGACUGGAGCUGCAGUGCCUGCAGCGGGCCCCUGAGGACAGAUUGCCUGCAGUGCAUGGAUGGCUACUUUCUCCAGGAUGGGGCUUGCGUGGAGCAGUGCUCAGCCUCCUUCUACCGGGACGCGGGCCUCUGUAAGAGCUGUGUGAGUCACUGUCUCCAGUGCCAAGGUCCCCAGGAAUGUACCCGCUGUGAAGGGCCACUUCUCCUCUUGGAAGCCCAUUGUGUCCAGGAAUGUGGGAAGGGCUACUUCGCAGAUCACGCAAAUCACAAAUGCACAGCCUGCCCUCAGGGCUGUUCACACUGCAGCCGUGGGGACCGGUGUCAUCUCUGCAGUCAUGGAUUCUUUCUGAAGAGUGGCCUCUGUGUUUCAAGUUGCGUUCCUGACUUCUCUGCUCAUUCCUCAAAUGAAACAUGUACUGGCAGAACACACACGCCUGGUCUUCAUGUGAACGGCUCCCUCACGCUUGCCAUUGGCUCCAUGAAGCCACUGGACUUUUCCCUCCUGAAUGUCCAAGACCAGGACGGCAGGGUGGAAGAGCUGGUGUUCCACGUCGUGAGCUCGCCCACCAAUGGCCAGCUAGUACUCUCAAGGAAUGGGAAGGAGGUUCAGCUGGACAAAGCCAGGCAUUUCCUCUGGAAAGAUGUGAAUGAGCAGAAAGUGCGUUUUGUGCACAGCAGGGAAAAGCCCAGGAAAGGCUACUUUUCACUGAAAAUUAGUGACCAGCAGUUCUUCUCUGAGCCACAGCUGAUCAACAUACAAGCAUUUUCAACACAGCCCCCCUAUGUGCUGAGAAAUGAGGCUCUCCAUAUUAGCCGAGGAGAGAGAGGCACCAUCACCCCCCAGCUGCUUGACAUCCGAGAUGAUGACAACCCACAGGAUGUUGUGGUGGAAGUGCUGGAUCCUCCAGUUCAUGGCCAAUUGCUCCAAACGCUUCAGUCUCCUGCAACUCCUGUCUAUGAGUUCCGGCUAGAUGAGCUCUCCAGGGGCCUUCUCCACUAUGCUCACGACGGCUCAGACAGCAUGUACGAUGUUGCCGUCUUGCAGGCCAGUGAUGGACACUCCUUCCAGAACAUACUGUUCCACGUGAAGACUGUGCCCAAGAAUGAUGGUAGUCUUCGACUUGUGGCUAAUUCAAUGGUGUGGGUCCCAGAAGGGGGGAUGCUACAGAUUACCAAUAGAAUCUUACAGGCUGAAGCUCCAGGUGUACAUCCCUCAGAAAUUAUCUACAAAAUCACAGAAGACCAUCCCCAAUUUGGGGAGAUGGUCCUUCUAGUGGAUAUGCCUGCAGACAGCCCAGCAGAUGGAGGCCAGCACCUGCCUGAUGGGAGAACAGCAACCCCCACCAGUUCCUUCUCCCAGCAAGACAUCAAUGACGGCAUCGUGUGGUACAGGCACUCAGGAGUCCCGGCCCAAAGCGACUCCUUCCGCUUCCAGGUGUCCAGCGCCGCCGAUGCCCACAGCCACCUGGAGAGCCGAAUGUUCAAUGUCGCCAUCUUGCCUCAGACUCCUGAAGCACCUCAGCUCUCUCUGGGAGCAUCUCUUCAUAUGACGGCUCAGGAAGACGGUCUGACUGUGAUCCAGCCCCAUUCCCUAUCCUUUGUCAACUCUAAGAAGCCAAGUGGAAAGAUUAUAUACAACAUCACUCUCCCUCUGUAUCCAGAUCAAGGUACUAUCGAACACCGGGACCGGCCUCAUGUUCCCAUCCGAUACUUCACACAGGAGGAUAUUAACCAGGGCAAAGUCCUGUACCGCCCUCCCCUUGCAGCCCCCCACCUCCAGGAGAUCAUGACCUUCUCCUUUGCUGGUCUCCCAGAAUCGGUGAAAUUCCACUUCACAGUUUCAGAUGGAGAACACACAAGUGCAGAGAUGGCCCUUACCAUUCACUUACUGCCUAUCGACCAGCACCUGCCACAGUUCCAGGUUACAGCUCCACUGCUUGAAGUCAGCUCCGGAGGCAGCACUUCUGUAGGACUUCAGUUGGUAUUCAAAGAUACUAAGGAGACAGCCCCUGGGGAACUCUCCUUCAAGCUUCUGAGACCUCCGCAGCAUGGCACACUGCUGAAAUACACUACUGAGUAUUCAGGGCCCCUGGCUACAGGUGACACAUUCACAUAUGCAGACAUUGACAAAAAUCGCCUGCAGUAUAUACAUGAUGGCUCAUCCUCUCGGGAAGACAGCAUGGAGAUCUCAGUCACAGAUGGCCUCUCAGUGACAACGGUGGAAUUGAAAGUGGAAGUGUCCCCAUCAGAGGACCCGGUACCUCAGCUGGCUGCUGGAGUCUCCCUAAGCAUUACGGUUACUAGUAAAAAUAUGGCCAUUAUCACUAGGUCCCAGCUGGCUUACACUGAUGAUUCCUCCCCUGACUCAGAGAUCUGGAUUCACUUAAAUUCUCUGCCUACGUAUGGUACUAUCAUAAAAGCUACGGGACCAGAGUUGGAAGAACUCUCAGAGGGUUCCAAUUUCACAAUGGACGACAUCAACAACAAAAAAAUUCGGUACUCGGCUCUAUUUGAGAUGGACAGUCAUCCAGUCACUGAUAGCUUCCGUUUCUCUGUCUCUGAUACGGACCAUAACCAUUUGGACAAUCAGAUGUUCACCAUAAUGAUCACUCCUACCAAGAAUCCACCUCCAGUCAUUGCUUUUGCCGACCUUAUCACGGUAGAUGAGGGGGGGAGAGCCCCACUCUCCUUUCACCAUUUCUUUGCUGCUGAGGAUCAUGACAACCUCCAGGGAGAUGCUGUCAUUAAGCUCAGUGCCCUGCCCAAAUACGGCUGCAUUGAAAACACAGGAACAGGUGAUCGGUUUGGCCCUGAGACUACCAGUGACCUGGAGGCAUCGUUCCCUAUUCAAGAUGUUCUGGAAAACUACAUUUACUACUUUCAGAGUGUUCAUGAAAGCAUUGAGCCCACCCAUGAUAUCUUUAGCUAUUACAUAAGUGAUGGAAACAGCCAUUCAGAAAUCUACAGCAUCAAUAUUACCAUUGAGAGAAAGAACGACGAGCCGCCCAGGUUGACCUUGCGGCCCCUCCGAGUGCAGCAGCUCUCAGGAGUGGUGCUCAGCAAUUCUACUCUGAGCCUGCAGGAUCUGGACACGCCGGAUCAUGAACUGAUCUUCCUCUUGACAAGAAAACCUUAUCACGGCCAUCUGCUCCUGCGACAGAGUGCUUCUGAGCCUCUAGAGAAUGGGAGGGUUUUGACCCAAGGCUCCUCCUUCACCUACCAGGACAUUCUGAUGGGGCAGGUAUGCUAUGUGCCUGAAGGACCCGGUAUUGCAGCAGAUGAGUUCCGGUUCUCCCUCACGGAUGGCCUCCACACAGACACAGGGAGGAUGGAGAUAUACAUAGAGCUACCUGCAGGCAACACACCCCACUUGAUCGUAAAUCAGGGUCUGCAGCUCUCGGCAGGGUCUGUAGUGCGCAUCACAGAACAGCAUCUGAAAGUGACAGACACUGGUUCAGAUGACCAUCAGGUGAUGUACAUUCUGAAGGAAGACCCUGGCAUAGGACACCUGCAGCUGUUGAAACACGGCAGACUGGAGCACAUCUCCGUCAAGGGUCCCAUCCGAAGCUUCUCCCAGGCUGAUGUCAGCCAAGGCCAAGUAGAAUACAGUCACAAAAAGGGAGAACCUGUUGGGAGUUUUUCUUUUAAGUUUGAUGUAACUGAUGGAAAAGGCAGCAAGGUGACUGAUCAGUCAUUUUCCAUCACCGUUUUGGAAGACAAGUCCCCACCAGUCAUCACCACCAAUAAGGGACUGAUCUUGGAUGAGAACUCAGUGAAGAAAAUCACCACUCUGCAGCUCUCCGGUACUGACCAGGAGAGUGCGCCCACAGAGCUCAUCUACAGAAUCACCAGACAGCCCCUGCUGGGCCACCUGGAGCACACAGCAGCCCCAGGUGUCCAGAUUAGUUCCUUUACUCAAGCGGAUCUGAUGUCACGCAACAUUCAGUACGUUCAUUCCAGUGAGACCGAGAAACAUGCAGAUAUCUUCAGCUUCUCCCUAUCGGAUGGGGUCCACGAGGUAGCCCAGACUUUCCACAUCACUCUUCGGCCUGUGGAUGAUUCACUGCCCAUUGUGCAGAGUUCAGGACUGCGGGUGCAGGAGGGCGUGAGGAAGACCAUCACAGAGUUUGAGCUCAAGGCAGUGGAUGCGGACACUGAGGCCAAGUCUGUCACAUUCACCAUUGUGCAGCCCCCACGCCAUGGCACCAUCGAGCGGAGCCCCAGUGGGCAGCGUCCCCAGCACACCUCCACCUUCACCAUGGAAGAUGUCUACCAGAAACGGGUCAGCUACAGCCAUGAUGGCAGCAAUUCCCUCAGAGAUCGCUUCACCUUCACUGUAGCUGAUGGGACGAACCCUUUCUUCAUUGUCGAAGAAGGGGGAAAGAAGAUUAUGACUGCAGCACCUCAGCAGUUCCAAGUAGACAUCCUCCCUGUAGAUGAUGGCACCCCUAGAAUUGUUACCAAUUUGGGACUCCAGUGGCUGGAGUAUAUGGAUGGAAAGGCAACCAACCUGAUCACCAAGAAGGAACUGCUGACCAUGGACCCAGACACAGAGGACCAGCAGCUCAUCUAUGAGAUAACGACAGGCCCCCGGCAUGGCUAUGUGGAGAACAAGCUGCAGGCUGGCAGGGCUGUUGCUACCUUCACCCAAGAGGAUGUGAAUUUGGGCUUGAUCCGUUAUGUGUUGCUGGAAGAGAAGACCCAUGAGAUGAUGGAUAGUUUUCACUUUCUGGUGAGAGACAGCAGACCCAGUGUGGUCAGUGACAAUGUCUUCCAUAUCCAGUGGUCCCUCAUCAGCUUUAAAUAUGCAAGCUACAAUGUCAGUGAGAAAGCGGGGUCCAUCAGCAUCACUGUGCAGAGGACUGGGAACCUGAACCAGUAUGCCAUUGUCCUGUGUCGCACCCAGCAAGGUACCGCCAGCUCGGGCUCCAAGGUCGGCUUCCAGCCUGGGCAGCAGGACUAUGUGGAGUAUGCAGGCCAGGUACAGUUUGACGAGCGAGAGGACACCAAGUCCUGCACCAUUGUCAUCAAUGAUGAUGACGUGUUUGAGAACACAGAGACUUUCACUGUGGAACUCAGCAUGCCAGCAUAUGCCCUCUUAGGGGAGAUCACCCAAGCGAAGGUCAUUAUCAAUGACACUGAGGAUGAACCUACACUAGAGUUUGAUAAGAAGACCUACCGGGUCAACGAGAGUGCUGGUUUUCUAUUCGCACCUAUUCAAAGAAAAGGGGAUUCAAGCAGCAUUGUAUCUGCAAUUUGCUACACGGUUCCUAAGUCCGCUAUGGGAAGUAGCCUUUAUGCUCUGGAAUCAGGCUCUGAUUUUAAAUCUAGAGGAAUGUCUGCAGAGAGCCGAGUGAUCUUUGGCCCUGGGGUCACCAUGUCUACCUGUGAUGUCAUGCUCAUCGAUGACAGUGAAUAUGAAGAGGAAGAAGAGUUUGAGAUUGUCCUGGCGGAUGCUUCAGACAAUGCUCACAUCGGGAGGGUGGCAUCCGCCAAGGUGCUCAUCAGUGGUCCCAAUGAUGCCUCCACUGUAUCCCUGGGCAGCACGGCCUUCACUGUCAGCGAGGAUGCAGGCACCGUGAAGAUUCCCAUCAUCCGCCAGGGUACUGACCUUUCUACCUUCACGUCCGUCUGGUGUGCCACUAGACCCUCAGACCCAGCCUCAGCCACACCAGGAGUUGACUAUGUCCCCAGCUCUAGGAAGGUGGAGUUUGGGCCAGGUGUCACUGAGCAGUACUGCACCUUGACGAUCCUGGAUGACACUCAGUAUCCAGUAAUUGAAGGACUGGAGACAUUUGUGGUUUUCCUUAGCUCAUCACAAGGAGCCGAACUGACCAAACCCUUCCAGGCUGUCAUUGCAAUUAAUGACACAUUUCAAGAUGUGCCCAGCAUGCAGUUUGCCAAGGAUCUGCUUCUGGUGACAGAGAAGGAGGGGGUCCUGCAUGUGCCCGUGGUCCGGAGUGGAGACCUGAGCUACGAGUCAUCAGUGCGGUGCUAUACCCAGAGCCAUUCGGCUCAGGUCAUGCAGGACUUUGAGGAGCGAAGAAAUACAGACUCUUCCCGGAUUACGUUUCUGAAAGGGGAGAAGAUAAAGAACUGUACUGUCUCUAUCCAUGAUGACUCCAUCUUUGAGCCUGAGGAACAAUUCAAGCUCUACCUCGGCCAUCCUCUUGGAAACCACUGGAGUGGAGCUAGAGUUGGGAAGAAUAAUAUGGCCACCAUCACCAUAUCCAAUGAUGAGGAUGCACCAACCAUUGAGUUUGAAGAGGCUGCCUACCAAGUGCGGGAGCCAUCAGGGCCAGAUGGCCUGGCUGUUCUGAACAUCAAGGUGAUCCGCAGAGGGGACCAGAACAGGACAUCCAAGAUCCGCUGCAGCACAAGGGACGGGUCAGCCCAGUCUGGGGUGGACUACUAUCCCAAGAGCCGAGUCCUGAAGUUCAGCCCUGGUGUGGACCACAUCUUCUUUAAAGUCGAAAUCCUGUCCAAUGAAGACCGGGAAUGGCAUGAGUCUUUCUCCCUAGUCCUUGGUCCUGAUGACCCCGUGGAAGCCGUCCUUGGAGAGGUGACCACUGCCACUGUGACAAUCCUAGACCAGGAGGCUGCGGGGAGUCUCAUUCUGCCAGCACCACCCAUUGUUGUCACACUUGCUGACUAUGACCACGUGGAAGAGGUCACCAAGGACGGAGUCAAAAAGUCCCCCUCCCCGGGCUACCCGCUGAUCUGUGUCACCCCCUGUGACCCUCAUUUCCCCAGAUACACAAUCAUGAAAGAGCGCUGCAGUGAGGCUGGCAUCAACCAGACCUCUGUGCAGUUCAGCUGGGAGGUGGCUACCCCCACAGAUGGCAAUGGUGCCCGGUCACCCUUUGAAACCGUUACUGACAAUACACCGUUUACCAGUGUCAACCACAAGGUCCUGGAUAGCAUCUACUUCAGCCGGAGGUUCCACGUACGCUGCGUGGCAAAGGCUGUGGACAAGGUGGGCCAUGUGGGGACCCCCUUGAGGAGCAACAUCGUCACCAUUGGGACAGACAGUGCUAUCUGCCACACUCCUGUGGUGGCUGGGACAGCAAGAGGCUUCCAAGCUCAGUCCUUCAUCGCUACCUUGAAAUACCUGGACGUCAAACACAAGGAGCACCCCAACAGGAUCCACAUCUCAGUGCAGAUCCCACACCAGGACGGCAUGCUGCCCCUGAUCUCCACCAUGCCCUUGCACAACUUGCAUUUUCUGUUAUCCGAGUCCAUCUACCGACAUCAACACGUCUGCUCCAAUCUCGUCACCACCCGAGACCUGCGGGGCAUCUCAGAGGCAGGGUUCCUGGAUGACAGGGUCUAUGACAGCACUGCAGCAGGGCCUGGCUAUGACCGUCCCUUCCAGUUCGACCCCAGAGUGCGAGAGUCCAAGACAAUCCAGCUCUACAAACACCUGAACCUGAAGAGCUGUGUCUGGACCUUUGAUGCCUAUUAUGACAUGACUGAGUUAAUUGACGUCUGUGGAGGGUCGGUGACUGCUGACUUCCAGGUGAGAGACUCUGCCCAGUCGUUCCUGACUGUGCACGUGCCCCUCUAUGUGUCCUACAUCUAUGUGACGGCACCCCGAGGCUGGGCCUCCUUGGAACACCACACAGAGAUGGAGUUUUCCUUCUUCUAUGACACUGUGCUCUGGAGAACAGGAAUUCAGACAGACAGCAUCCUCUCUGCAAGGCUGCAGAUAAUAAGAAUCUAUAUUCGAGAAGAUGGUCGACUAGUCAUCGAAUUCAAGACUCAUGCCAAGUUCAGAGGGCAGUUUGUGAUGGAGCACCACACACUUCCUGAUAUGAAGUCUUUCAUAUUAACACCGGACCACCUAGGAGGCAUUGAAUUUGACCUGCAGCUCCUGUGGAGUGCUCAGACUUUUGAUUCUCCAUAUCAACUCUGGAGAGCCACAAGCUCAUAUAACAGGAAGGACUACUCUGGAGAAUACACCAUCUACCUGAUCCCUUGUACGGUGCAGCCCACACAGCCAUGGGUGGAUCCAGGAGAGAAACCUUUGGCCUGCACUGCACAUGCCCCAGAAAGAUUCCUGAUACCCAUCGCCUUCCAACAGACCAACCGCCCAGUGCCCGUGGUCUAUUCACUCAAUACUGAAUUCCAGCUCUGCAACAACGAGAAGGUGUUCCUAAUGGAUCCCAACACCUCUGACAUGUCACUGGCAGAAAUGGACUAUAAAGGCGCCUUUUCAAAAGGUCAAAUUCUUUAUGGCCGAGUCCUUUGGAAUCCAGAACAAAACCUGAAUUCUGCUUACAAGCUACAGCUGGAGAAAGUCUAUCUCUGUACUGGCAAGGACGGCUAUGUGCCUUUCUUUGACCCCACGGGGACCAUCUACAAUGAGGGGCCUCAGUAUGGAUGCAUUCAGCCAAAUAAGCACCUGAAACACAGAUUCCUGCUACUGGACCGCAGUCAGCCAGAGGUCACGGAUAAGUACUUCCAUGAUGUGCCCUUUGAGGCCCACUUUGCUUCCGAGCUGCCUGAUUUCCACAUGGUCAGUAGCAUGCCAGGUGUGGAUGGAUUUACUCUGAAAGUAGAUGCCCUCUACAAGGUGGAAGCAGGACACCAGUGGUACCUCCAGGUGAUCUACAUUAUUGGCCCUGACACUGUCUCAGGACCCAGGGUCCAACGUUCCCUCACAGCCCCUCUUAGGCGUGACCGAAGGGACCUGGUAGACCCCAGUGGCCAGUUGACCCUGGAUGAUUCCCUCAUUUAUGACAAUGAAGGAGAUCAAGUCAAGAAUGGCACCAACAUGAAGUCCCUGAAUCUGGAGAUGCAAGAGCCAGUUGUAGCUGCUUCUCUCUCCCAAACAGGGGCGUCUAUAGGCAGUGCCCUGGCUGCCAUCAUGCUCCUCCUUGUGGUGUUUCUGGUGGCUUGUUUCAUCACCAGGAAAUGCCAGAAGCAGAAGAAGAAACCACCCAGAGAAGACCUUUUGGAGGAAUACCCUUUGAAUACCAAGGUGGAGGUGUCCAAGAGGAGCCCAGACAGGGUGGAGAAGAACGUGAAUAGACAGUACUGCACAGUGCGUAACGUCAAUAUACUGAGUGACUCUGAGGCUGCAUAUGCCUUCAAAGGUGCUAAAGUCAAGAAGUUGAAUCUGGAGGUCAGAGUCCACAACAACUUACAGGAUGGGACGGAAGUGUAAUGGGGGAGACUGACCCAUGUGGAUUUUUUUUUCCCUUAAGUCACUUUUAUAAAACUUGGGAUGGGAGGGAGAUACUGGUAUUUUUAUAAUCUUGCAGAUUCAAAAGGGAAAACUAUAGCUUUGAGUAGCGAAAGGCACACAUCACACACAUCAACUCACAACUGAGCUACCUCACCAAACAAGAACUGCAGAAACCCCCUCAAGUGUUGGAAUAUCAUCAUUUCUGUGGAGUCCCUCCCCAGGACCUGCAGCCAAGAGUUGCUCCACUCUUAGAAAGCAGGUGUCAUAGCAUCAGGACAGAAGCUGGAAGGUCAGGGUGUCCAAAUGGCUAAUGGCAGUGCAAACAGUGAGGAGUACACACUAGCAGGUCUCCUGGGAAGCAGAUAGCAAGUGGGACUACAGUUCUGCCACCCAAAUCUACUUUCAUCUCCUUGGGCUUGUCCUGGUCUCUGAAGGCAGAGUUCCAACUGCUGACACCCAGGUUCCAUUCCCAGUUUUCCUAAACUACCCAAGUAUGGAUUUGUUCAUUAUAGUCACUCACCAGCCUGGACUUUUUUCAGAACUCUUUUUAUACAGGGUUUCUAAGUUGUCCAGCUGAAGCAUUUCUCCUAGACCAUGAGAGAAAUUCAGCCUCUCUAAUCAGACAUCAAACCCAAGGAGCAGGUCCUGAUGCCAGGGAGACUGAAACUUGGGGACAGGAGAGACUUGACAAGCACUUCAAGACCAGAUAGUGAGUGCAUCAGUGAUCACAUUAGAUAAAGUAUGGCACUCACAGUAGCUAAAGUUCUAAUGCUCACUGAGAAUGCAGCAUAUCUGGUACAGUAUUUCAGGAUUUUCUCCUCUGGGGGGUUCUUUUCUGGUAGCUCAGGCACUUAUUUUACCAUAUCCACACAUGACAAGGCCAAAAACACAUGGCUUUACAAUGAUUUAGUGUUCAGAGAACAGCUGAAUUCUUUUGUAGGUAGCGUGCACACAGUUUGCUUUGGUGUUUCUUUCUGCUUCUGCCUUAUUGGCAAGGACAUCCGCAUGCAUGUCACGUUUUUCAGUGUUGGAGCACAGAUUCCAUUAUGCCAUCAUGAAAGACAUGUUCUUUUCCUGACACAUCGCACGGCAUGAUCACUGAGCAGAGAACAGAAUAUUCACACCGUGUAGUGUUUAUGUUAGACUAACCCAGACCGAGGACGUUCCAAAUUGGAAAUAAAUUGGUUCAAAAAGCACGUAAAGAAUGAACCGUGAAACAGUAUGUGACUUCUCUAUCCAAGUCCAAUCUUCUUGAGAGAGGAGAGAGAAGGCCCUGGACAACCAGUGCCUUUGAUAUUUCAGCCAUGCAAAUCACAAGCACACCUGAAUAUGUGUUGAGUGAAUGAAUGGUAUCAUGGGUGAAUGAUGGAGAAAUUAAUUUAGCAAAGGGAGCUGAGAGUAUUGGGAGAGGGUAACAUAUGGACAAAUAAGGGGAACAAAGCACAAAAAUGACUUGGAUUAUGGCAUUGUCCCAUUGGAACAAAGAAGUAUCCAUUUCCAUGGCAAGGUCUGAAGAAGGACUGAGAUGAACAGAUGUAGAACUAUGUUUCUAAGUGAAACUGUGAAUCUGUCUCCAGAGCUGGUGUUCUGAAAUGACGAAGGUUUCUGGAGAAGACAAAUCAGCCUAGAACUGGAAGCCCCAAGCUGGUCAGGUGCUACUUGAGACCAGCUUGGACAGUUCAGCUAGAACUUCUGUCUGGACCUCACAAACAUUACAGAACUGACAUCUCACAGAUGGAGGAUUUGUCUGCCAGGCACAGAAUCUUCUCCAGAAAAAUCUGGAGGUUUGAUGCUGAUUCCCCCUGGACAGUAAGCCCUGCAUUUGUGAGGCCAUUUUUAAUUUGACCUGUUUCUCACAGUUGCUUCGAGGGCCCGGAUAUUUACAUAUUAAAGCAGCACCUCUUCCGUUGCUCAGAUGUCCUUAAGUUUCCCUUGCACAACUACUAAAAAACAGAGUGCGUGUACAAAGAGUGGAAGCAGGGUGGUCUGGAGAGCCAUGGGGACUCAGUCUGAGAGUAUUCCCAGUCAAGGCAGCACUCAUGAGAAACUGGAGGGAGAUAUUAAGCCCUAUGAAAAGAGUCUAGGAUCCCCUCUCACUACUCACAGGUGUCGUUAAAUGCUGGUGCUUCUCUCAGAUGCACAUUUAUUAAGUAUGAAGUGUUGAGAUGUGAAGUUGAAAUUUAUUCCACUGAUCAUUCAUUUUGUUGACAUGUUAACACUUUCGAUUAGAGGUCAUUUAGUGGCUGAUGUUGGAUUAUAUUUCAUACAAAGCUCUGUUUCAGGUUUCUCUAACCUGCUCACUGAAGCCUUGUAUGUGUUUUACUAACCUUUAGGUGAAAAGGAACAAAAACCCUUAGGGGGUGCUGCUGUGUGCUCUUUUAUCAGGCUUCGGGGGUUGAAAGACAGAGGGAUCUGCCCCCUUUUCACUGCCUUGCUGCCCUCUUAGUGCCCUCAGGUCUCCUGAAGGAACUUCUGCAGAUUCCUGGUGUUGGGUGUAGAAAUAGUACUAGAAUGUGUUUGCAGAGUCUCACGAUACUCAGCCUCAGUGUCCAGUGGGUAUUUGUUAGUAUUGGGUCCUGCACACCUGUACAGACUGAGUAAGACAUUUGUGGUGCUGUCAACCUGAUUUCUUAACUUACAAAUGAUUUUUGUAUUUCCUUUUCCAAUUUGUGUGUUAUGAAUUUUUGAUUUCUCCAAUAUCAUAUGCCAUGAUAUAAAUUUGUAUUAAUAAAUGACAAUCUGGUUGUG